UUGGGAAGAAUAACACAAAACACGCAUCGGCCAGUUGGGCCAUUUUCUCUAAAUCAAUUCUCUCCUUUAUUUUUUCAUCUCUAAAAUUUAUUUUUUCAUCCCAAAAAUAAUGCGGCCACCGCGUUUACACUUCCUCAUCCUCACCCUCCUUGUCUCCGCCACCUUCCUCCACACCUCAGCCGCCGCCGACGACAACGACAACGAUGCCGACGACUUAAACAAUCUUGUUUUCGAGAACCCGAGUCUCCGAAAAGUCUACAUUGCUCUCCAAGCAUGGAAAUCCGCCAUCUUUUCGGACCCGUUUAACUUCACCGCCAAUUGGACCGGCCCGGCCGUGUGCUCCUACGGGGGAGUGUUUUGCGCCCCCUCUUUAUCCAACAGCUCGAACCGAGUAGUUGCGGGUAUCGACCUCAAUCAUGGCGAUAUCGCGGGUUACCUCCCGCCCGAGCUCGGCCUUCUUACCGACCUCGCACUUUUCCACAUUAACUCCAACCGAUUUUGCGGAACUGUGCCGAACACUUUUAAAAAGUUAAAGCUCCUCCACGAGCUCGACUUAAGUAAUAACCGAUUCGUCGGAACGUUCCCGACCGUGGUCCUAUCUUUACCCAAGUUGAAGUUCCUCGACCUCCGGUUUAACGAAUUCGAGGGGUCCGUUCCGAUUAAGCUUUUCGAUAAAGAUCUUGAUGCGGUUUUUUUAAACGAUAACCGGUUCAAGUUCGGCAUUCCACCGAAUUUGGGUAACUCGCCCGUUUCGGUGCUUGUUUUGGCAAAUAACAACUUGGGCGGAUGUCUACCCGCGAGUAUCGGGCAAAUGGGCGCAACGUUGAAUGAGAUUAUUCUAAUGAACGAUAACCUUACAAGCUGUUUGCCGGUGCAGAUCGGGGCGUUAAAGAAGGUGACGGUUUUCGACGUUAGUUCUAAUAGCCUUCAAGGGCCGUUACCCGCGGCGGUUGCCGGGAUGAGAAGUGUGGAGCAGUUGAAUGUGGCGCAUAAUAAGUUGACCGGAGUGGUGCCGGAUAGUAUUUGUAAGUUGCCGAGGUUGCAAAACUUUACUUAUUCGUUUAAUUAUUUUACCGGUGAAGCGCCGUCGUGUGUGGCUACCGCCGGGAAGGUGUUUGAUGACGGUAAGAAUUGUAUUGCUGGGAAGAGUAAUCAACGGUCGGGUAGAGAGUGCGGAUCAGGUGAUGCGAGGCCGGUUGAUUGUAGUAAGUUGCAAUGCGGAGGGUCUUCAUCGUCGCCGGUUUUGCCUCCGCCAAGGUCGAAGUCGAAAUCGCAGUCUAGGAGGAGAUCGCCUACUCCUAAACCGCCUUCUCCUAAACCGGCUCAGCCGCCCAGACAGUUCGUUAAAGCCUCCCCGCCGCCACCGGUUUUUGAGACUUCACCUGUUGUAAGAUCACACCCGCCACCACCGCAGGUAAAACCGCGAGGAACACCACCGCCUCCGGUUUGGCAAGUGUCGCCAAGUGAUAGACAUGCCCCACCACCACCGCGGGAAAGCAACCCGGUGCCAACACCAUCACCUCCAACGUUCGAAUCUUCACCUCAAACACGUGUUAAACUACCACCACCGUCACCCCCUCCACCAUCACCACCUCCACCAUCGCCCUCACCGCCACCACCCUCACCACCACCUCCACCACCACCAUCACCCUCACCUCCACCACCCCCCUCACCCUCACCACCACCACCCCCUUCACCCUCGCCACCGCCUCCACCUUCGCCAUCCCCACCUCCACCACCGUCACCAUCACCGCCGCCACCCCCGACACCCUCACCUCCUCCACCGUCACCUUCACCACCGCCACCCCCGACACCCUCACCUCCUCCACCUUCACCUCCUCCUCCAUCACCAUCACCACCGCCACCCCCGACACCCUCACCUCCUCCACCUUCACCUCCACCACCGUCACCCUCACCACUGCCUCCGUGCUCACCCUCACCACCCCCACCACAUUACUCAUCACCACCGCCACCUCUAAAGCAAUCACCGCCGCCGCCACCACCACCACAGUCAUCUCCGCCACCUCCACCUCAUUACUCGUCCCCACCACCACCUCCACCAUAUUACUCGUCCCCACCACCACCACCACCACCGCCACAUUACUCCUCACCGCCGCCACCACCACCACAUUACGCCUCACCUCCGCCACCACAUUACUCGUCACCGCCACCACCACAUUACUCAUCACCACCGCCACCACAUUACUCCUCACCACCACCGCCACCACAUUACUCAUCACCACCUCCACCACACUACUCAUCACCAUCACCACCACCACCACCUCAACAAUCACCACCACCACCAACCGACUGCACUCCAUCACCACCACCCCCACCUCCUCCCAAACCAUGUGAAACCCCCUUAAUCCCAUCCCCAUCACCACCUCCACCACACCAAUGGCAUCCCCACCCACCACAAAGUCAAUCUCCACCACCACCCAAAGACCACCACCAUUCAUUACCACCACCAUCACCAUUCAAUAACAUACCACUCCCUCCGGUGACAGGCGUUUCCUACGCCUCUCCACCACCCCCAGUUAUCCCCUACUACUAGUUCAAUCCAAAUACACGCUUAACUUAUUCUUCUUUCAAUUCAAACACACUUAAAUCUUUCAUUUCUUGAGAUCGUUCUGUUGGACAAUUGUUUGUGUAAUUAAACACAAAAAUAUAUAUAUACUGUUUUUUCAUUUUUCAUGUAUUAUACCAUUUGUCAUGAUGUAUAAUUUGAGUUUGGAAUUUAGGAAAUUUCAGAACAUUUUUAUUGAUU